UUGCGUGCCCAUGUCACUGGGAAAAUGGCGGCGACUCGGGCGGGUCCUGGGCAUCCUCGGUGCUCCGCUUUGGUACUGUGUGGGGAGAUCCGUCCAGGGCCCGGGCUUAUCAAUGGAGCCGUUAGCGAGCUGAAAAGAGGUAAGAGACCGGGAUGAUGUGUGGGGGGCUGGCUGAGUUUCACAGUGCAUGCACUUUGUGUGUAACUGUAUGUAUGGGACUCAGGAUGUACAUACAGGCAUUGCUACAUCAAUACCGUGUACAUACGGUGUAUAAUAUACUGUGUAUGGCUGUCCAGGCUCUACACACAGAUCAUUGCUGCAUUACCUGCUCUUUACAAAAAGUCUAGAGCUCCCCCGUAAUAGACGCCUUGCAAAGGUCUAUAAUAUUGUACAUUUAUAUUCCAAAACACACAAGCUCUGCAAAGUACUGUGUGUGAGAGAAUUUGCAGUGAUGUUACUACUACUACUAACAUUACUGCAAUUUUGUGAAUUCUUUAACUGGUGUGCAGAUCUUUGUUUAACAAUGUAUUGCCUUUUUUUAGAAUUUUUUUAACCCCUUAAGGACACAUGACAUGUGUGACAUAUCAUGAUUCCCUUUUAUUCCAGAAGUUUGGUCCUUAAAGGGUUAAAUGAACAACAACAACUGACAGGAGCAAGAUUUGCAGAAAUAAUACUGCAUUAAAUAUAGCAUUUGACCAAAAUUUUGAGGAGGAAGACUUCCCUUUACUAUAACUUAAAAUUCAGCUAUAUGGCAUUAAAUAAGCGCAAUUGUUGGUGUGUGUGCACGCGUGCCCACACACCAACAAUUGCGCUUAUUUAAUGCCAUAUAGCUGAAUUUUAAGUUAUAGUAAAGGGAAGUCUUCCUCCUCAAAAUUUUGGUCAAAUGCUAUAUUUAAUGCAGUAUUAUUUCUGCAAAUCUUGCUCCUGUCAGUUGUUGUUGUUCAUUUAACCCUUUAAGGACCAAACUUCUGGAAUAAAAGGGAAUCAUGAUAUGUCACACAUGUCAUGUGUCCUUAAGGGGUUAAAAAAUUCUAAAAAGGCAGGGUCCUCACUGUUGCUUGUUCUUGUAAAUCAAACUUCUGAGUUGAACUUAGCUGUAGGUUUUGAGAAACCUUUAUGCAUAUACUUGAAAAUGUUGACACCUUAGAAUUAAUUAUAAUAAUGGGAAUGAUGUGCAACAAGUGACACCAUUGCUCAGCUUCUUGCCUUUUCUCUUAUUCACAUAAAUUUAAAAGUUAGUGUACACAAAUGUGCAUAUGCGUAGUAAUUCUGCACUACACAAGUAUUGCUGGACCAAGAUUCUAUCACUGGGUAAGCAAAAUACUUGGAUCUGCUAAAAAAAAAAAAAUUAUUAUCCUUAACCCCUUAAGGACACAUGACAUGUGUGACAUGUCAUGAUUCCCUUUUAUUCCAGAAGUUUGAUUAAAGGGACACCCUAAACAUCUAAACCAUUUUAGGUUUUGUUUGUUGAUCGUCCACUAGAAAUCUUCCAUUUAGGAUUUAUGCAGCCCUAGCCACACUUCCACUGGCAGUGAUUCACACAACCUUCCUUCAUAAAAAGAUGUCUAAUUUUUAAACUUCCCUUAUUACACAGUGUGUUUAACCUAGAAUUUCUCUUGUUUUAUUUGCCUUCUUGCGCUUCCAGCAACAUUCUUUGUGUGUGUGUGUGUGUGUGUGUGUGUGUUUUAAAAUUCAGUUAGCAGCAAGAGAUAAGAACUUUUCAAGCAAACUGCACUGCACUGCGUGUGAUCUACUGUAAAAUCUACUUAAAAAGUUGACCUUUUUUGAGAGACACAGCCAGGGGAGGUGUGUGUCUAGGGCUGCAUAAACAAAGUGAUUAAGUAGCUCUUUAAGCACAUUGUAGUGGUAAUGGGGCCAGGACUCUUCUGGCACCUCCCAAAUUAAGUAAACAAACCAUACAAAUGGUUUGAUAAUUUUGCAGGGGUCAUCUAGUCCUGUAAUGUGAUGCGCUUUUUCAGCCAAUGAGCUGUAUGAUUUGACUACAUACCCUGGUUGGGUGCUAAUGCCCUCCUGGCCUUAACCACUAAUGCACACAAUAUGGUUUAUGGUACAAGGAGUGUUCCUUUCAACCCUUAAGGUACAGUGAAUUGGUAACUUUUAAUACAAAUAACUUGUCACUGUACAGUCAGUGCUUGAUUUGCAGCAAAUGGAUAAAACUGAAGAAUAUUUUUGUUUUGUAACUCUUCUUAUUUGUCACAAUGUAAUGUAUUAUACUUCCAUCAAAAUCCAUGAAUGUUUCCUUUGACACCAGCCUGGAGUAUGUAAUAAAAGUAAAUAAUUAUAAUUUAAUUUUUGUUUCAUGUAGGCUUUUGUUCAUGGGAUAUAGAUCCUUCCUUUUGUAACUUGGAUGAUCAGCUAAAAUUGUUUGUGUCCCGUCAUUCUGCCACAUUCUCCACAGAAGUUAAAGGUAAGGCGCUUGAAAUUAUAAAUUAUUUAAAAAUACAUUUUCUCCUUGAUAUUCAGUUAGAGAUCCACUAUUUGUCAUGUACCAUGUGCUAAAAUCAUUUCUGCAGAACACUUUUUUUUUUUUUCUUCUUCUUGCUGAUAUCUAUGGAGGAUACUUUGCACUUGGACAGGUUGUCAGCAUUGUGUUGUCUGUAGUUUCCUUGGGCUUGACAAAUGUAAUAUGCUUGAUGUAGUGAGUGAGGACUGACCAAUAACAUGAUAUCCCAGUGACUAAUGCUAGUAGCCUAAGCAUCCAUCACCUCCUAGUUCAUUUUAAGAGUAAAUUACACGUGAAUUAGGAAAAGGUUAUAUAUCCUAUUGUGCCUUUACUGAUAUGCAAAAUCUAAUGGUUAACUCCUUUAACUUUGUGUAGUUAAUCAUUCUAUUAACAUAUGUCCUUAUGGUCACAGGGAUUAAUUCCGAUGCUCUCUGAAUUCAAAGCUUCUUUUGUCUCUGCUAUUUCCAGCUGCUUCUCAGCUGAGAAGUCUGAUAAGCUUGAUGCCUGCCAAUGGCCCUUCCUCUUAGCUUGUGGGCAUGCUAAAAAUUCACAAGGGAACUGUCAUAUUUUAGGUAUAGAACACUCUUACUAGAGACCUGUCAACUUUUUCUGGAAUCUCCUUGAGGCAAUGCUGUGUUGUAUGAGUUGUUUUUAUUUAUUUGUAUCUCUAAUCUUUGUGUGCUGCUACAAUUAUUUAUAUGUGCCUGCUGUUCUAAGAUUAAUUGGUAUGGGAAGUGUUGUUAGGGCACAGUCCCUUCUGGUCACAUUUUCAAAGCCUUUUUAUUUUUUUUAAGUCGGGGCUUAAUAAAUUUGUUUGGAAUCCAGGAGCCAGCUAAAAAACAUAGGAGCCUUUUUAACUACCGUAUAUAAUCGAAUAUAAGUCAAGGCCCCUGAUUUUUACCCCCCCAAAAUUUGGAAAACUUAUUGACUCGAGUAUAAGACUAGGGUGGGAAAUGCAGCAGCUAUUGGUAAAUUUUUAAAUAAAAUUUAGAUCCCCCAAAAAUUAUAUUCAUUGAAUAUUUAUUUGCAGUGUGUGUAACCCUGGUGGGGGGUGGGCAUUUUUAUUUUAAUAUUAAAUUUCUUUCUCUUUUAAAUUUUUUUUUUUUUUUUUUUUAAUCUGUCCCCCUGCCCCCUCCCUGCUUGAUACAUGGCCAUGGAAUGGGGCUAUAUUAUUCUCUGGUGGUCCAGUGGAUGGGUUGUGUAGGAGGGGGCUGGCAGCAAGCUGUUACUUACCUUUCCUGUAGCUCCUGUCAGCUCCAUUCUCCUCCGUGCCGUUCAACUCCUCUGUAAAUCUCGCGGUCUGCGGCAACGCUCUGAAGGCCGUAGCUCUUGCGAGAUUUACAGUGGAGGAGAAGGGAGCUGACAGGAGCUGCUGUAAAGGUAAGUAACAGCUUGCUCCCAGCCCCCAACAGGACCGCCGGACUUGUAAUGAGCCCGGCGGUUCUGGUCUGUAUUAUGGCAAUGUAAGUUGACUCGAGUAUAAGACGAGUGGGGGUUUUUCGGCACAAAAAAUGAGCUGAAAAACUUGUCUUAUGCUCGAGUAUAUACGGUAAGUUUAAUUUUCAAUUAGAAACAUGCAAUUCUUAAAGGGACACUAGUCACCAGAACCACAACAGAUUAAUUCAGUUGUUAGGGUGUCUAUAGUCUGUCCCUGUAGACUUUUCAAUGUAAACACUAACUUUUCAAAGGCUGUUUGCAUUUCCUAUGGGAAAGCAUUGGCUUAGCUGAGAUCAUAAAGAUUGAUGAUCUGAGUCAUGGAGGCAGGACCAGCUGCAGCAAAACUGGUGCGCCAUAGGGGAAUAGGUGAGUAAAAUCACCUUUCUCAUGUGAUCGGAGGGGCAGAUACCUAAACGGACACAUGCACACUCACGAGGGAGCAGUGAUCUUCCUGCAGCUCCUCUCAGCUCCCCUGCGUAAUCUGUAUUGAUGCCCGGCUGGAGUUACGUAAUAUUCCAGCCCCCAUCACUAAACAGUGCAAGGAAGCAGAGAGGAGCUGCAGGAAGGUCACUAUUCCCUCGCGUGCUGCCUAAGCCUUCAGUGCGCCCGACGGGCGACCUCCUUAAGUGUGCCCCUGGCUGGCUCAAUUGUUCUAUUUAGCUAAAGGGCUAACAAACCCAGGUGCCAGAGAAAAAUUUCUAGUCACCCUGGUGCCCUGCUUUAAGUCCUACUUUUAUAUCAGGACUUGAUAAAUUUGCUUGGAAUCUAGGAGCUUAAUUUUUAGCUGCAAAAAUAAAAUUCUUAAAGGAACACGAGUCACUAGAACCACUACUUGUUCUGGUGUCUAUAGCCUGUCCCUGCAGGCUUGUCAAAAGAAAAGGCAGUGUUCACGUUGCUGCCUAGUGACAGUAAUGCAGGAGGCCACUAGAGGUGAUUCCUAGCAUGGAGGCGCUGAAUGUUUCCCCAUAGAGACUUAUCUCUAUGGGGCGCUGCUGAUUAGCGGUUGCGCAAUAGCCUCCCAGUGCUUUCCUAAGGCAGAACUGCAAUUUCCUAAGGGAAAGCUUAGGCUUUUUCUGAGAUCAAGAUUGAUUGGCAUGGCAUGGGGGAAAAAAGGGACGUAAAAUUGUCUUUCCUAUGCGAUCAGAGGGACACACACUCAGAAAUUAUAAUUUUAUAAAUUCUUUUAGUUAAAGUUCAGCCAGCCUCCCUUCCUUUGGGAGAGCUGAAAAGGAUCUAUCAAAUAUACUUAACAUCUAUACAUUACCGUCCCCAAGUAUGGCCCUAUUGCAUCUUUUCCCAGACACUUGGUCUAGGGUGCAGAAAUUGCUUGCUUUUCUGGCGGGUAAACAGGCUCUCAUCAGGUGCUGGAGAGCUGCAGAAAUCCCCACUGCAGCGACUGUUCUUAAUAUUUUGAUCCACAAUUACAUAUGGGAACAGAUGGCACACUUUGCUGCAGAAACCAUGCAAGGAUAGGAUAAGAGUUAAGUAGUCUGGGAGGAAUUUUGUGCUGUACCCCGUAAUCUGGGGAUCAGCAGUAGGGGAUGACCGGUUUAGUGUGAUUGGGGGUGGGAGGGCAGAGUUGAGAUAUGAGACAACACUGCAACAACCUUAUUGUAUUUCUGGGUACUUUAGCUUUUUUUUUUCUUUUAGUGCUUUCUUCUUUUUCCUUACCUCUUCUUGUUUCGAUUUCUCUUCUUGCUGCUAGCUUUUCCUGCUUCAUUUUACAUUCUCAGUGUUUGUUCAUAGCUAGUAAUCACAUUUACUGGGUCACUAUAAAAUAUGUAUUGGCCAAGGCCGAUCUGUUACCAGGAUGGAAGCCAUUUGCUUCCACCCCCACUGCACCACUACUUGGUGCCUUGACGGAAUUCCGGCACAGUUGAUUUUAAUUAAAGGACCACUAUAGUGCCAGGAAAACAUACUUGUUUUCCUGGCACUAUAGUGCACUGAGGGUGCCCCCACCCUCAGGGACCCCAUCCCGCCGGGCUCUGGGGAGGGGAAGGGGUUAAACUUACCUCUUUCUCCAGCGCCGGGCGGGGAGCUUUCCUCCUCCUCUCCGCCUCCUCUUCGGCUGAAUGCACAUGCGCGGCAGGAGCUGCACGCGCAUUCAGCCAGUCUCAUAGGAAAGCAUUCCUAAUACUUUUCUAUGGACGCUUGCGUCUUCUCACUGUGACUUUUCGUGGUGAGAAGCACGCAAACGCCUCUAGCGGCUGUCAAUGAGACAGCCUUGAGAGGCUGGAUUAACCUAUUUAUAAACAUAGCAGUUUCUCUGAAAUUGAGAGAGAGAGAGUGUGUGUGUAUGUAUAUGUGUGUAUAUAUGUAUAUAUAUAUAUAUAUAUAUAUAUAUAUAUAUAUAUAUAUAUAUAUAUAUAUAUAUAUAUAUAUAUAUAUAUAUAUAUAUAUAUAAUUUAUAUUUAUUUAUUUAUUAAUUAAUUAACCCUAGCUGGACAAGGCACCCAGAUCACUUCAUUAAGCUGAAGUGGUCUGGUUGCCUAUAGUGGUCCUUUAAUGCCCAUUUACUUUCUGUUAUAGAAUUUUAGUUGGUACUCUAUUUGUUUGUUGUUAUCAGAUUACGCUCUGACAUGCAUCUUCCAUGGGUCAAUCAGGAAGGGUACCACAGCAUACAUCUUUCAAGCCAGACAAUGUGCUAGACCACCCUCUGGUAAUAUAGGGACAUCCCCUUGGUUCGACCGAACUGGGACAGGGGGGACCCCCCCGACCACUGUUUACUACACAUUGAUGCACAGUUUCAUGAUCACCAGCCACCAUGAGGUUAUCCUCACACAACGUUGGAGGACUCCACAUCCCUGUGAAACAACACUUUUAGGAAAAAGAGACUCACCCAGCCAUUCUGCAACUAGACUAUCCGUUCCAAUUCCACGCAACCUCCCCCAACAAAACUAGGGGCACCUUGAUAUUGAUCAGCAAGAACGUGGCUUUUCUCCUACACUCCCAACUCAUAGACCCAGAUGGCAGGUACGCCAUUACUAUAGCCAUUACAAUACUAUAGCAAAUAUAUACGCCCCGAACGCAAACAAACGACAUUUUCUCCACAAAAUCAUAUUAAAACUGCAAUCGACCCAACACGGCACCACAAUUAUAUGUGGAGACUUUACUCGUGUUUGACCCGCACUAGACACGACUCUAGCACCAGCCAGAGCCCGCAUUGCUCCACUUAAAAAAAAAAAAACAAGGUAAAGGCAAGAAGAGCUCAUCCACGAAUAACACUUGGACAACAUGUAGAGGGCCACCCAUGUGGGGGAAAUGGGGUAUACCUUCUUCUUCUCGGUAUGUAAUACCUCCUCUCGUAUUGAUCGUUUUCUUGUCUCAGGCCUGAGCAUGAACCAAACAAACCAAUGCGAGAUAGGACAGAUCACUUGGUCCGACUAUGCCCCAGUUGAACUGAUGCUUAAAGAUUUAUACGACCCUACUCACAGGAGCCUGUGGCGAAUAGUAAAGCAGCUGUCUCUCAUAAGCACUGUGUUUAGAGACCUGGAGGCAGAAAUAUUUCAAAGAUGACCGCACAAAUGUUAUCUGAAAUACUCUAUGGCAGGCCCACAAACCCGUGAUACGGGGACUAUUACUACGACGAGCAUCCUUAAAGAAAUCCCAAUCACAACUGUUAAAAUAUCAAACAGACUUGCAUUGCGUAAUAACGCAAAAUCAAGUCACACCAAAAGAAGAGCUGAGAGAUCAAAAUGCAUACAUCAACUGUACCUAGACAAGGUAGGCUUCCACUUAAAACUUAAAGCACAUAAUUACACACAAGGUAAUAAAGCAGGCAAAUUGUUAAUCUAAAGACUUAGAACUCAACAGGCUGCCCUAAAAUAGCGUAUAUGUUGUCCCCCCACAGGGAACAAGAUAGUAGCACCCAAGGACAUUAGCAACGCAUUUGCAAAAUACAAGUCACUCUAUAACCUCCGGGAUGACGCAAGCGUACCCCAACCACAAGAAUCCAAAAUAGCCGCCUUCCUAGACAAGGUCCACUUUUCCAAACUCACCCACGCACAACAGGCGUAUCUCUCGGCCUUAAUCACGAAGCAGAGAAGGCUCCAGAACCGGACGGCUUUGCUAAUUGUUACUAUAAGCACCUUCAACAGGCCCUUACCCUGCACCUCACAAAUGCCUUCAACAAAGCAUUUUUAGGGCAACAACUACCCCCAGAAGUGCUGAUGGUGCAUAUAAUCGCGCUACCCAAGCCAGGUAAACCACCCACUCAUCCCCAAAAUUUUUGCCCCAUAUCGUUACUAAACACUGAUACAAAACUUUUUGCAAAAAUCUACGCCACCAAGAUGGGGGAAAUACUUCCACACAUAAUUUAAAAUGACCAAGUUGAGUUUGUGAAGGGGCGCCAGGGAGGGGACAACACAAUAAAGGUUCUGACAUCAUACACAGCAUUCACAGGCACCAUAUAGAGUGUGUGACACGCUCACUAGACGUGGAGAAUGCCUUUGACCGUCUGAGCUCGAAGUUUCUGGAGGCAGUUCUCCACAAAUUUGAGAUGCCGGACACCUUCCACUCGGCGGUCCGGGCCUUGUACUGCAAACCAUUCGCACAAGUGGUGACGGCGGGCUUAACUUCAGAAGCCCUUCAACAUAACCAAUGGGUCACGUCAGGGUUGCCCAUUAUCCCCAUUGCUAUCUGUAAUGGGUCUAGAGCCGCUCGCAGAGCUUAUCCGGGAACAUAAGUCCAUAAAUGGAGUAGUUAUUGGAGACAGGGAAUUCAAACGAAAUUUAUUCGCGAACAAUUAACACUGACUCAACCCCAAGUCUCAAUGCCGAACCUUAUGGAUAUCAUUAACGAAUCCGGCCUUAACUCUUACUACAAAUUGAAUGUCCCCAAAUCCCAAACAAUGGGCAUACAAGUGCGAAAAGAUCACUUGAAACACCUCAGCAAAACAUUUUCGUUUGACUGGAGGCGAGACCACAUUAAAUUUCUAGGCAUCCACAUACCCCCCCCCCACCUGCCCCUUCUGUUUAAAUUGAACUAAUCAAGUCAUUCACUGACACGCUUCAGACAUGGGAGGGCAAAUAUCUUUCAUGGCUGGGUAGGCUAGCAGCGAUCUUCCAGGAGCCUCCCUCCCAUGCUCUCCUUUAGCUGGCUGACCGACUGACCGCAAAUGCUCUACCUUUAGCUGGGCUGACUGACAGCAUACCCAUGUUUUUUUAUGAGCCGUCUGCACUCACAGGCAGCCGAUCACCUCAGGGGCUGAAUGGGCCAACAAAUCCCAGGCACCAGGACUAAAAUCCUAGUCGAGGUGGUGCCUGGGAUUUGUCGAGCCCUGAAUUAAGGGUUAACCUGAAUCUAGUGGCCUUCAUAUGGAGAGCCUCCAGAGGCACUUCUGCAACAUAUCAUGUGGUCUCAGAGACCUGAUCUGAUUAGUGCAAUGUGGCAUUUUGCUGUGAAUAUACAAAUUCUCUGCCAAAGAAGUGGCGCUUACCCAAGGAGACCACCGCUGCGAGAGAGAAAAGGUUAGUAAACUUAACUUACAGCCUUAAUCAAGAGUAGUUGUAGUUCAUCUGUUUUACAGGGAGCUGUUCAGCUACUUAAAGGACACAGCGAGUCUGUAGACAUCGGGCACCAUAGUGUGUGUUUGUGUGUGUGUGUGUGUGUGUGUACAAUUUAUUAAUGCUUAGUGGGCUUUUUAUUUUUUUGGUCAUUGUUCAUAGAAAUAGAAUAAGAAUUAUUAAUAUUAACUUAUCUCAAUGUUUAAUGUGGAAUUUUAUACUGAAUUACCUUUUUUAUGUUACAGGACAACGAAGCUUGCAUCAUACUGGAGACACCUUAGAGACUCUUGUUUUAAUUAACCCGGAUAAGAAGUCGGCGUCCAAUGAGGUGUGUAUGUAUGUAUGUGUGUUACAUAGCUGAAAAGAGACUUGCGUCCAUCAAGUUCAGCCUACCUCACAUUUGUUUUUUGCUGUUGAUCCAAAAGAAGGCAAAAAAACCCAGUUUGAAGCACAAUUUUGCAACAAGCUAGGAAAAAAAUUCCUUCUUGACCCCAGAAUGGCAGUCAGAUUUAUCCUUGGAUCAAGCAGUUAUUACCCUACAUUGAAAGAUUAUAUCCUUGAAUAUUCUGUUCUUGCAAGUAUGCAUCUAGUAGCCGUUUGAACAUCUGUAUGGACUCUGAUAAAACCACUUCUUCAGGCAGAGUAUUCCACAUCCUGAUUGUUCUUACAGUAAAAAAACCCUUUCCUUUGCCUUAGACGAAAUCUUCUUUCUUCCAGUCUAAACGCAUGGCCUCGUGUCCUAUGUAAAGUCCGGUUUGUGAAUAGAUUUCCACACAAUGGUUUGUAUUGGCCCCGAAUAUAUUUGUAUAAUGUUAUCAUAUCCCCUCUCAGGCGACGUUUUUCUUAACUAAAUAGGCUUAAAUUUGUUAACCUUUCUUCAUAGCCGAUAUGUUCCAUUCCUUUUAUUAAUUUUGUAGCCCGCCUCUGCACUUUUUCUAGUGCCAUAAUAUCCUUCUUUAGAACAGGUGCCCAAAAUUGCACAGCAUAUUCAAUAUGGGGUCUUACCAGUGAUUUAUAAAGAGGCAAAAUUAUAUUCUUGUCCCGAGAAUGAAUGCCCUUUUUCAUGCAUGACAAUACCUUACUGGCCUUGGCCACUGCUGAUUGGCAUUGCACAUUGUUGCAUAGUUUGUUGUCUAUAACAAUUCCCAAGUCCUUUUCGUGUGUUAUCCCUAAUUCGCUUCCAUUAAGGGUAUACGUUGCUUGUGUAUUCUUUACGCCGAAGUGCAUAACUUUGCAUUUUUCAACCUUAAAUUUCAUCUGCCAUUUGAGUGCCCAGUCCCCCAGUCUAUCUAAAUCCCUCUGCAGCAAAGUAGUGUGUGUGUGUGUGUGUGUAUGUAUAUAUAUAUGUGUAUAUGUAUAUGUGUGUGUGUGUGUAUAUGUAUGUAUGUAUGUAUGUGUAUAUCUAUAUCUAUAUCUAUAUCUAUAUCUAUAUCUAUAUCUAUAUCUAUAUCUAUAUCUAUAUCUAUAUCUAUAUCUAUAUCUAUAUCUAUCUCUCCAACAAUAGUAGUCCAGGGAGCACACUGGGUCUUCAAAUUAGUGAAAAAAAAAUUCCUUUUAAUGUAUCAUAAAAAAUACAUCUGCUGUGAGAUACCGACCAACGUUUCGACCCUCCUGGGGUCUUUAUCAAGAUCACAGUGACACAAUACAUAAACAACAAUAUAUACAUAAAUGUAAACUAACCUUACCAAUAGAGUGAUGAGGCAGCCGCCGGACUGAAUAACCCGGAAGUGAGAAACCCACGUGCACCAAUGCGUCUGACGUACAUGACAGGGGUUGCUAAGCAACCUAGCGAAACAAAGUGAGUGCAAACGGCAAAAAGCCGAAAAGAGUCCCAAAAAACUUCAAAUCCAAAGUAUAACAUUAGGAGGAACUAAAAUCCCAACCAUUAAGCCUCAUGCAGCACAGAAAAAGAUACUAUACCAACGUGCCAAGUGACCUGAGUGCAGUCCUGAAUAAAUGUGCCCAAAUAGUGAACGGACUCUACAUCAAGUGAUAUAAAAUCUGUACAUGUCAUAGGCUAAAUGGAAGGAAAGAACAUAGGGCAAAUAUUGUACUUGCAUUAAUCUUCAUAGGUACAUCAAAGUACAACAUUAAAUAAGUAUCAAAAGACAUAUUUCUAUCCUAAAUAAUACAUCGAAAACUGAGCAUGAAAUACAUAUAAUAUUAAGAACUACAAAAAAUAAUGAGCAUUAAUAUAGCCACAUCUUAUUCUGGGGAUAACCACCUUGCUGGCUGGCAAACAGUUAAUAUAUCUACACAUAGUAAAUUAACACCUAAAUAUCAGGAGGUUAGUCAGACCACCAGUCUGAGAACCAAGUAUGAGAAAAUAGAAAAGUACUAAAUAAACCAUGAAUAGUGAGUACAUACUGGACAAAACACAAAGGUACCAUCCAAGGAGAAUACAGAUAGAGACCCAAAGAGAGACAUUGACACUGAACUAAGGGUAAAUUAGAUGGUUAAUCUGUCACGAGGAGCGCAAUGCACCAAUAAUGUAUUUAAAGAAACAUCGAAAGAACUAAGUUCUCAUUAAGUCCUUUCGGCGUCACUGUAUUUAGGUGAUAUAUCCAAUGAGCUUCCCGCUGUAAAAGUAGUUUAGACCUGUCCCCUCCUCUUGGUUGAGCAGGUACAUGGUCGAUCGCAAUGAAUUUUAAAGUGGGUAAAUGGUGUUGCAUCGCGAGAAAAUGUUUUGCGACCGGUUUGUCCGUUCUUAGGUCCCUAAAUGCAGUAAGAAUCCCUGAUCGGUGUCCCCUGAUCCGAUCUCGCAGAGUCAUAUCGGUCUUACCGACAUAUGCAAGUCCACAAGGACAUGUAAUCAUAUAUAUAUGACAUGUGUAGUCAUGCAGGAAAUAUAGUGUUUAAUGGGAAUUCUUUUUCCAUUAUGUGGAUGAGCAAAUGUCUGUCCAAUUAGCAUAUGACUGCAAGUGACGCAGCCACUGCAUCUAUAGCAACCUUUUUUAUGAAUUUUUGAUGGUACGGCGUAACACUGCCGAGGGUCAUUUUUUACCAACAGGUCUCUCAGGUUACGGUUGCGUCGAUAGCUGAUAGUCGGGUGUACUUUGAAUCUGUCAGGAAGAUUCUGGUCACACUGAAAAAUG